AUGGCAACCGCUUCACCAACACCCCGGACCCCGGGUCGGACUCAGCCUUCCGCAGAAGUCCCUCCUGUCGUCACGGAUACCAAAGACCAACGCCGUACAUCUUCCUUGGGUUUUCUUCGUCGCUCCAAGUCUAUUGAGAUUUUAGGUGAAAGACGCUCGUCCGGAAGCAAGAACGGGAAGAAGAUGCCGAAGGCUCAGACGGCGGAAGAAGAGGCUCGCCGCCAGCGCGAGUCAAUGAUGUAUCAGCAACCCCCGCGUCUACCUGAUCUCUCGCCGGCCCCAGUUCUUGAGACCUUUGGCGGCGAUGAGCGCCGGGACACUGUUGCUGCACUUGCAAGCCAGCCCGACUCAUCGCAGCAGCAAGCUGUGCCCCGCAGUACGAUAAGCACGCCAGUUGCCCCAGAACCGAGCGACGCCAAUGCACGAGCAGAAAGCAUGACACACCGUGGACGCUAUAGCUACGCAAGCAGUGCCGUCAGUACUGUCAACAAUCCGCGCCGGCUGCGUCGGCGCAAGGACCCCACACCGUACAAUGUCCUUGUCGUUGGCGCGAGUAACUCGGGCAAGACCUCGUUUCUCAAUUUCCUCAAAAAGUCCCUGGAAUUGCCGCCCCACAAGCACCCCUCCCGCCUACCAGAGGAAAUCGCAUACCAGGCUCGCCAAUCCCCCGCCAACGAGGGCUACGUUUCCCACUAUCUGGAGACAGAGAUCGACGGCGAACGAGUUGGUCUGACCCUGUGGGACUCCCAAGGCCUGGAGAAGAACAUCGUUGACAUCCAGCUACGAGGGGUGACUGGGUUCCUGGAAACGGCUGCAGAGCGGGCUGCACAGGGAACUCCAAGGGCAACCGAUACACCUGUCAUCGGUGUUCUCGACGAGCGUCUUGAUGUUCAGGUCCUGCGCACCAUAGUGGGCAAGACCACAGUUGUCCCGGUGAUCAGCAAGGCCGAUACGAUCACCACAGCCCACAUGGCAUACCUCAGGAAGGCUGUCUGGGAUAGCUUGAAGAAAGCCAAUAUUGAUCCGCUGGAGAUCCUUUCUUUGGAUGACCAGGAAGACCAGAGCACGCGCAAGUCUUCCGGUUCCCAAGCCGUCGUUCAGCAUAUCCCUUUCACUAUCUUGUCCCCUGAUCCACAUUCGCUCAGGGCUGGCGACGAGCCUGUUGGGCGCAAAUUCGCCUGGGGGUUCGCUGACCCGUACAACGCCGAGCACUGUGAUUUCCUCAAGCUGAAGGAGGCUGUAUUCAACGAAUGGCGCUCUGACCUCCGCGAAGCGAGCCGUGUGGUCUGGUAUGAGAGGUGGAGAACCAGCCGCUUGAACCGUAAUGUUGCCGUGGCCAGCGCUGCACCCCAGAAGAAACAAUAUGCGGGGAGAACUGGUCCAGAUGUGCGCCGGUUCCGCUAA